GAGAAAGAAGAUAAUAAGUACUUACUUAUAUGUGUGGAAAGUAACGGCCGAGACCUGCUUGACGUCGGCGGAGGAGGGGAGACCUGCUGCUCGGCUAAGUGCCAAAGGACAACCCGAAAUGGCUCAAAUAGAGAGUUAAAGACACAAAGUAUCCUCCCAAUAACUGUUUGUGGUCGCUCGGUAGACGACGCUAAAGAAGAAGUACAUUAAGCAGAUACAUAAUGGCUAUAUGAGGACGUUUUAGCAAGUUAGCCAAGCCGGGAGGAAAGGUGCGACUGUGCACUGCCUGUAUGGAAACAUCAGUGCCUCUCUCUCUCUCUUUAUUACCCCCCUCUCUCGCUCUCUCUCUCCCUCUCUCGCUCUCUUUUUCAGGUUGCUUAGCUAGCUCAAAGUUAGCACAUCAUUUACUAAACCUUUUUUAAUCACGAGUGUAUAUGUAAUUAUACAGGCAUUGCCAAACAAACUCAAGUUAAUAGGACCCCUUAAUAGGAGCAGUGACAAGGAACUAUCAAUAGCGACAAAGUACACUCGAUUGUGUGUUGGUAAAAUCCUUUUACGUUCUGUUUUUAUUUAAUCUUCAUACACGAUGCUGGUUUUUAUAUUUUUAUAUAACAUAUUAUAACACAUAAUAACAUAUCAGAUGAUUAAUGAAAAACAUUAUUACUGUAUUUGAGUUCAAGGUCUGCUCAUGAACACUAGAGGGCAAUGUGGGUCAAAUAGUAAGACCUUUCAAUGCCGGGGGAUUUAAAGGUUGACCUUCAGCGCCCCCUGGUGUAUAUAAAUGACUAAAAGCUUGUAAAAGCCACACAAUACAAGUUAUUUAGGCCUUGUUUUUGUGUAUCUACUCCCCUUUGAAAAGUAUUUCGGAAGGGGAAAGUAUAUAAACAAAUCAAAAGCUUACAAAUAAACUUAACAAAAUAAAACAAAAACGUAUAAAAAAUAACACUCAAAUUUAAGUUUCACUGAACCUUGACAGCCACAUGAAAUCAAUAACAUCAUCACCUAAAAACAUUCCCUACAUCAAAAGAAUAGUGUUUAAACUCAAUUUAGAGAGACUAAUAGACGACUAUAACAGACUUUGCUUACUAAACAAGCUGUAAAACUGCUGCACUACAUCCAAAAUGCUGCUGCUCGAGUCCUGACUAGAACUACAAAGUUGGCAAUACGAGGCGUAUGCAAAAGAAAUGCAUUGUAAUCUGUCAAUGGCAUUUCACACUGGACUUUUUUGUGAAUAUAUGAAUAUAUAAUAAGAUAUAUUGGUCUCUCUGUUUACAAUAAUUUCCCAAUGGGUCAUUUGUAAUUCAUUAGAUAGGUACUCUGUGGCCAAAUUAAUUGAAUACAACAAUAGGAAACAAAUAAUGGUUUAUUUCUGUUACCUGCAUAUUCAAUAACAUGAUUUUCAUGUCCUACUGCUAGUAUCCGACGGUGCAUUCAACAAUUUGCAUAAGUUCCUGUUCUGCCAUUCUCUGUGGGUAUACUGGCAGAUUUAUGCUUUUAGUAGGGAUGAGUGGAUCAUCCCCAUAUUGACCGUGGCGAUAAAAAGGCAUAAUCAAUAUCUGAUUGAUAUGAGUAUUUUGUUUUCACACCCAUCCUUGUUCACAUUGUUGUUACUGCUAUAUGAUACUAUGUAUCGUUAUUGUUUACAAAUUGAGGAAAUGAGUUCUUGAACGCAAUCAUAGUCAGUUGUAGUCUUUCCUUGUGUUUUGUUUUUACUUUUUAGGAAUAGCAAGCAGUUAUUUUAUUAUACUUGAAGUAAACAAACGUAUUUAAGUCAAAUAUUAUUAGGUUCUCAGUGUUUCAUUGCAGGGGCCUGGCAAAAAUUUUAUCCCAUGGGAAGCAUGACAUAUUUUUUUUUUUUUAUUAAUCCACACAAACCACUAUAUGAGUUCCUGGCACCAGCAUUCUGCAUACAACUGGUGAUUAAAAUGGAUGAAUAUAAUAAGUUGAGUUAACAUCCCCAAUAACUGAAAACAGUUAGAUUUAUUUAAAUGUCGCUCCAUGGGGGCCCACCCCACUAUUUGAGAAGCACUGACUUAAGUAAAUAACAAAUUAAACAGGGCGAACUAAAAGUUCUAAAAGUAUAAAAACAGAAAAGUAGACAUACUUUGCUGUAUCUAUGCUUUUGCCAUAUUGUUACAUGAUGUGUUUCAUGCUCCUUAGCGUCAUUUGUCACUGUUUACUUCUACCAUGCUAAAAAUGUUAGGACACAGAAUCCUACUUAUGCUGAUUAAAAAAAAUAUUUCUACAAAUACCUGAGACAUCUAUGAGUAAAAGAAUACAAAACAUUUCAAUUUGAUUCUGGAAUGAGCCUUUUUGAUUUAUUGGAAUAAUUUACGAAAGUGCGUUAGUGAGGGCCUAUUGUCAAGGGCUGACCGGAAUUAGCUCACAGCCUUGACAGCAGCAGUCCCCGCCCCCUUGAGGUGGAUGUGAAAAGCAGCGAUCUGCCACUUUGACAUACAGGAAGAAGUUCAAGAAGCUUGGCAAACUCCGCCAUUUCUUUCAAGUUAACACAAGUUUUUUUUUCUAAGUCUACUUUUACUGUCUUUUAAUGGUCUUGCUAAGGAAGUGGAACAGGAAGAAAGCUUGCUGAACUGGGGGAGACUAUAACUCGUGGAUUAUUCCAAGCAGAGACUUCACUGUGUGGGUGCAAAUGGGGGACGACGGACAAGUUUGAAGUAGAUCAUCACUUUGCAAAAAAAAAAAUGUCAGAACACAGAUCGAGUUUCCUUCACAUUGGAGACAUCGUGUCUCUGUACGCGGAAGGAUCGGUGAAUGGCUUCAUCAGUACUUUGGGACUUGUUGAUGACAGGUGUGUCGUCCAGCCUGAUGCCGGAGACUUGGCAAAUCCUCCAAAAAAGUUCAGAGAUUGCCUCUUCAAGGUGUGUCCCAUGAACAGGUACUCUGCCCAGAAGCAGUUCUGGAAAGCGAAACAAGGGAAACAAGGGAACAACAACACACAGGCAGACUUGUUCAAGAAAUUACAGCAUGCAGCAGAGCUUGAGCAGAAGCAGAAUGAGUCUGAAAAUAAGAAGCUCCUCGGAGAAGUUGUUAAAUACAGCAAUGUCGUUCAGCUCCUGCACAUCAAGAGUAACAAAUACCUGACCGUGAACAAACGUCUCCCCGCCUUGCUGGAAAAAAAUGCCAUGCGUGUAUCCCUGGACCCAGCUGGGAAUGAGGGCUCGUGGUUCUACAUUCAGCCCUUCUGGAAGCUUCGCAGCGAAGGAGACAAUGUGGUGGUUGGUGACAAGGUGGUGCUGAUGCCAGUGAAUGCCGGGCAACCUCUUCACGCCAGUAAUAUCCAGCUGCUAGACAACCCUGGCUGCAAAGAGGUUAAUGCGGUCAGCUGCAACACCAGCUGGAAGGUGACCUUGUUCAUGAAGUUUAGCGACUACAAGGAAGACAUUCUGAAGGGGGGAGAUGUGGUCAGACUCUUCCACGCGGAGCAGGAGAAAUUUCUGACCAGUGACGAGUACAAGAAUAAGCAGCAUGUCUUCCUCCGCACUACUCUGCGACAGUCUGCCACCUCCGCCACCAGUUCCAAGGCUCUCUGGGAAGUUGAGGUUGUGCACUAUGACCCCUGCAGAGGUGGGGCGGGUCAGUGGAACAGUCUAUUUCGCUUCAAGCACCUCGCCACAGGAAAGUACCUUGCAGCUGAGGAAAAACAAGAAUGUAAAGACAAAACACUGGAGGUUAAAGGAGAGAACGAAAGCGAUUCCGGCUUUUCCAAGAGAAAGCAUCAAGCGACAGAUAAGAUUGCUUUUAUUUUGGUUUCCGUCCGUCAUGGCAACGACAUCGCCUCCCUCUUUGAACUGGAUGCUACCACGCUGCAGCGGGCUGACUGUCUGGUACCCAGAAACUCAUAUGUAAGGCUCAGACAUCUGUGUACCAACACCUGGGUGACCAGCACCAACGUGCCCAUUGAUGCAGAGGAGGAACGUCCAGUCAUGCUCAAGAUUGGCACCUGUUCCACUAAAGAGGAUAAAGAAGCUUUUGCUAUUGUAUCCGUUCCCCUAUCGGAAGUCAGAGACUUGGACUAUGCAAACGAUGCCAGCAAAGUUCUCGAGGCCACUGUGAGGAAGCUUCAGCAUGGGAACAUAUCUCAGAAUGAGAGGAGGUUUGUGACUAAGCUGCUGGAGGACCUGGUUUUCUUUGUGUGUGUCGUUCCAAACAACGGCCAGGAUGUUCUCUCUGUGGCUACCUCUACACCCAACCGAGAGAGACAGAAACUGAUGAGAGAACAGAACAUCCUUGCUCAGAUUUUUGGCAUCCUGAAAGCUCCAUUCACAGACCAGGGUGAUGGACCCAUGUUGAAAUUGGAAGACUUGGGCGACCAGCGCUAUUCCCACUUCAAGUACAUGCUAAGACUCUGCUAUAGAGUGCUGCGACACUCACAGCAGGACUAUCGCAAAAACCAGGAGUAUAUAGCGAAGAAGUUCUCAAUCAUGCAGUCUCAAAUUGGUUAUGAGAUUCUGGCCGAGGAUACCAUCACUGCUCUGCUGCACAACAACCGCAAGCUUCUGGAAAAGCACAUCACAGCCAAAGAGAUUGAGACAUUUGUCAGCCUUCUCAGACGCAACAGAGAGCCCAGAUUCCUGGAUUAUCUAUCAGAUCUCUGCGUGUCCAAUAAGACCGCCAUCCCUGUCACACAGGAGCUCAUUUGCAAAUUUGUGCUCAACCCUGCCAAUGCAGACAUCCUCAUCCAGACCAAACUAAUCCCUAAUACUGAUACCCCCCUGGAGUCAUCUUUGAUGCAGGAGGACGGGGAGGAAGAGGAGGUUUGGCUUUACUGGAUCGACAGCCAUAAGGAGCCUCAUGGCAAAUCAAUUCGCCACCUAGCUCAGGAUGCUAAAGGCAACCAUAAGAUGGAUGUAGAUAUCAUUACUUACUACAGGUAUCAGCUGAACCUGUUUGCUAAAAUGUGCCUGGACCGUCAGUAUCUGGCCAUCAAUCAGAUCUCCUCUCAGCUUCCUGUGGAUCUUAUCUUGCGAUGCAUGUUUGAUGAUUGCCUCCCCUAUAAUCUGAGAGCCUCGUUCUGUCGCCUCAUGCUGCAUAUGCACGUGGACCGUGACCCGCAAGAAGCUGUGGUUCCUGUGCGCUAUGCACGCCUCUGGACCGAGAUCCCCUCCAAGAUCAGCGUCCAUGAAUUUGAAUACGAGUCCGCAGAUUCCUCGAGAGAAGAAAUGAAGAGGAAAUUUGCUCCGACAAUGGAGUUUGUUGAAGAAUACCUCAAAGAUGUGGUCAGCCAGCCUUUUCCAUUUGGGGAAAAAGACAAGAAUGAACUCACUCUUGAGGUGGUGAAUCUGGCUCGUAACCUGGUCUACUUUGGAUUCUAUAGCUUCAGUGAGCUGCUGCGACUCACACGCACUUUACUGGCCAUCCUGGACAUUGUUCAGCACCCGCUGACUUUCAUGAACAAGCUCAACAAAAGUCCAGAAGCUGGAAACAACGUCCUGCGCACAAUCCACGGUGUUGGAGAAAUGAUGACCCAGAUGGUGAUGAGUCGAGGUGUGCCUCAAUGCCUGCCUGACACGCCUCCUUCCCUGCGUUACGGCAAAGGUCACAUGUUGCCGGAUAACGAGGACGUCAUGGUUAUGGACACCAAGCUGAAGAUCAUAGAGAUCCUGCAAUUCAUCUUGAGUGUCAGGCUGGACUACAGGAUCACGUAUUUAUUGUCCAUCUACAAGAAGGAGUUUGGAGAGAAAAGCUUAUCUGAGGCCGCUGCCUCACAAGCUGACAUGCACCUCAUCGUUGCACCGUCUGAGCCAGACAUUGAUGAGAUUGCAACUAAAGCUGAGAGUAUGUUUGCUGGGAGCUCUGAAUUAAGCGCAGUGGAGCUCGAUGAUGAGGGUGGUCGAACAUUUCUCAGGGUUCUGAUCCAUCUCAUGAUGCAAGACUAUCCACCGUUGGUGUCAGGCUCGCUGCAGCUCAUCUUCAAACACUUCAGUCAGAGAGCUGAGGUUCUGCAGGCCUUCAAGCAGGUCCAGUUGUUGGUGUCGGAACAGGAUGUCGAGAACUACAAGCAGAUAAAGGCCGACCUCGAUCAACUGCGUCUAACUGUUGAGAAAUCAGAGCUGUGGGUGGAGAAGAACGGAGUCUACAACAACGAAGAUCUUGGUGUUAGGGAGGGCAAAGAACAAAACAUAGAGGAGACCGGAUUGAGCACAGUACACGACGGAGACCAUAAACCUCAGAUUGACAGCAACAAAGAAAACAACUACAGCAUCGUCAAAGAGAUCCUGUUACGGCUGAGUAAGUUGUGUUACCACGGUAAAAAGAUUCGCACUCAGCAGCAGAGGCUUCUAAAGAACAUGGGGGCUCAUACUGUGGUGCUGGACCUGCUGCAGAUCCCCUUUGAAAAAAGUGAUGAGAAGAUGAAUGAGAUCAUGACCCUGGCACACACGUUUCUGCAGAACUUCUGCAGAGGGAAUCAUCAGAACCAAUUUCUGCUCCAUAAACAUCUCAAUCUUUUCCUCACUCCAGGGUUGCUGGAAGCCGAAACGAUGCGUCAUAUCUUUAUGAAUUACUACCAGCUGUGCAAUGAGAUCAGCGACCGUGUUGUUCAUCACUUCGUCCACUGCAUUGAAACGCAUGGUCGUCACGUUCUGUACUUGAAGUUCCUGCAAACAAUCGUGAAAGCCGAAGGGAAGUAUGUGAAGAAAUGUCAGGACAAAGUCAUGACGGAGCUGGUAAACGGAGGAGAAGAUGUCCUGGUCUUCUACAAUGACCGCUCCUCCUUUCCAGUCCUGCUUCAGAUGAUGGGCUCCGAGCGUGAGCGCACGGAUGAAGACGGAGCUCUGGCUUAUCACAACACGCUUGUCGAGCUUCUCGCUGCCUGCACCGAGGGCAAAAACGUCUACACUGAACUGAAAUGUAACUCUCUGCUUCCGCUGGAUGAUAUUGUCAAAGUUGUCACCGAUGUCAAUUGCAUCCCAGAGGUGAAAACCGCAUACGUGAACUUUGUCAAUCACUGCUAUGUGGACACAGAGGUGGAAAUGAAAGAGAUCUACACCUCUAAUCACAUCUGGAAACUCUUCGACAACAUCCUGGUUGAUAUGUCCAGAGUGUGUAACACCACCACAGACCGAAACCAUGCUGAUUUGGCCCUGGAGAAGUAUGUGACGGAGACGGUGAUGGCGAUCAUCACGGGAUUUUUUAGUUCGCCAUUUUCUGUCAACCACUCCAACCUUCAGACGAACCAAUCUAUCUUCAUAAAGCUGCUCCAGUCGGCGUUCAGGCUCUACAACUGCACAUGGGUCACUCAGAAAGCAAAUAUUGAGAACUGCAUCAAAACUCUUGCUGAUGUCGCGAAAGCACGGGCAAUUGCUAUCCCAGUUGACCUGGAUAGUCAGGUCAACACUCUGUCUCUAAAGGCUCAUAGCAACAUGGUUCAACGGGCAGCAAAGGAUUGGAGGAUCUCCGCCCGCACCCGGCCCCGCAAGGAGAACCUGGGUGGCCCUGACUACAAGACCAUAAUUGAGAAGUUGCAGGGCGUUGUGUCCCAUCUUGAGGAACAAUUCAGUCCGAAGGUUCAGGCAGAGUUUUCGGUGUUGGUCGAUGUCCUCCACAGCCCUGAGCUGCUGUUUCCAGAGGCUGCUCGCCUACGGUGCGAGAGUGGAGCUUUCAUGUCAAAGCUCAUCAAACACACCAAGAAGCUUAUGGACAAAGAGGAAAAGCUUUGCAUCAAGAUUCUGCAGACACUUCGAGAGAUGCUGGACAAGAAGGAAUGGUUUCAGGAGUCGGGAAAGGAGUUAAGAGAGAUUCUCCUCACAUGCUACUUUGGAAAUCAGAAGCUCCUUUCCAAGUCAGAACUUGGGAGUGGAAACAGCUCACCUGGCUGUUUUGCCAAGCCAACAUUCGGAGCGGACUUUGACAAGCCAUUCAGUAGUAUAAUGGAGAUCCAGUGUCAGUUGGACAUAGUUGGAGCAUCUGAACUGGUGAUUGACCUCAUCGUCAACACUAAGAAUGACCAAGUAUUUGAGGAGAGUGUCUUGUUGGGGAUUGCCCUUCUCCAAGGUGGAACUACACAAAUACAGAACUCAUUCUACAACCAACUAUACAAGCAGAAGAAGUCUGAGAGGUUCUUCAAGGUCUUCUACGAUCGCAUGCGUUUGGCACAGCAGGAGAUCCGUUCUACUGUAUCGGUCAACAUGUUUGAGCUCAGCUGCAGAAAAAGGGAUGACGAGACCGACUUUGGUAAUUUCCGAUUCAGAAAAGGGAAAGAAUCAGGACUUCAUAUGAGGGACGACAUGCGAGGGCAACUAAAAGAGGCCUCAUCUGUGACCUCGAAGGCUUUCUGUGCUUUCCGAAAAGAGAUGGAUCCUGAUCUUGAAGGCCUGUGCCAGAAUAGCGAGGUACCCGGGACUGAAGAGGCCUUGGAGGAAACCCGCAUGAGCCAGGCCAUUGCUAUCAUGAAACCCAUCUUACGGUUCCUUCAGCUUCUGUGUGAGAACCACAACUGUGAUUUGCAGAACUUUUUGCGCAACCAGAACAACAAGACCAACUACAAUCUAGUUUGUGAGACUCUUCAGUUCCUGGACUGUAUUUGUGGGAGCACCACCGGAGGUCUUGGACUACUUGGCCUUUAUAUAAAUGAGAGCAAUGUUGACCUGGUUCUCCAAACCUUGGAAACCAUCACAGAGUACUGCCAGGGUCCCUGCCAUGAAAACCAGACAUGUAUAGCCAAACAUGAGUCAAAUGGCAUUGACAUCAUUAUUGCGCUGAUAGUGAAUCCCAUCAACCCUCUGGGGAAGAACCACUUGGACCUGGUGCUGGACCUCAAGAACAAUGCUUCCAAGCUUUUAUUGGCUAUAAUGGAGAGCCGCCAUGACAGCGAGAAUGCUGAGAAAAUUCUCUUCAAGAUGAGACCCACGGAGCUUGUGGACGUCAUGAAGGAGGCCUAUGCUCAGGCUCUGGAAAGCGAAGAGGACGGGGACGGUGCUCUAGACCACAUCAAACCACUGGAUGUUGGACAUAACAUUUACAUCCUGGCCCACCAGCUGGCUCGACACAAUAAGAUCCUUCAACAGAGUCUGAGGCCGGGAUCAGGAUUAGGACCUGGAUCAGGGUUGGACCCAGACAAUGACAAAGACGAUGCACUUCACUACUACGCCAACCAUACAGCUCAGAUUGAAAUUGUGCGUCACGACCGCACUAUGGAGCAAAUUGUAUUCCCGGUCCCAAACAUCUGCGAGUACCUCACCCAGGAGUCCAAAGUACGUGUGUUCACCACCACUGAGAGAGAUGACCAGGGCAGCAAGGUCAAUGACUUCUUCCAGCAGUUUGAUAACCUCUACAAUGAGAUGAGUUGGCAGAAGAAGAUCCGAAAAAAUAAGGCUCUGUUCUGGUUCUCCCGCCACAUCUCUCAUUGGGGGAGUAUCUCCUUCUACCUGGCCUGCCUGCUCAAUGUCUGUGUGGCCGUAUUCUACCCAUUUGGUGAUGAUGGAGAUGAAGGCACCUUAUCACCAUUAUGCUCUAUAUUGCUGUGGGUAGCAUUUUGGGUUUCCAUCACUUUACUACCAGUACUACCCAAACCAUGGGGCAUCCUCUUCUUACUGGUCUCCCUGAUUCUGCGUGCCAUUUACACCCUGGGCCUCGGUCCCGCUUUGUUGCUGCUGGGGACCUUCAACUUGUUCAACAAGUUAAUUUUUUUGGUGAGUUUUGUCGGAAACCAGGGGACGUUCACUCGUGGCUACAAAGCAGUUGUGAUGGACAUGCUGUUCAUCUACCAUCUCGGCUAUGCAAUCAUCUGCGUUCUGGGCCUCUUUGUGCAUGAGUUCUUCUACAGCUUCCUCCUCUUCGACUUGGUAAUCAGAGAGGAAACGCUGCUUAAUGUGAUUAAGAGCGUGACGAGGAACGGACGAUCUAUUAUUCUGACUGCUGUUCUGGCCAUCUUUCUGGUCUACUUCUUCUCCAUCAUUGGGUUCCUCUUUCUCAAAGAUGACUUCCGCAUGGAGGUGGACCGCCUCCCUGCACCAGGUUUAUUUGAUAAGACAAAGGUGGGAGAAUCAUGUAUGGCAGACAGCUGCUCUGUUUCCUCACACAAAACCGUUGCGGAUGACAACGAGGGAAUCGAAAGGGUGUGCGACACUCUGCUCAUGUGUAUUAUCACAGUGUUAAACCAAGGAUUACGAAAUGGCGGCGGUGUCGGAGAUAUUCUCCGAAGACCCUCCAAAGAGGAGCCGCUGUUUGCAGCCCGUGUCGUUUACGACCUGCUCUUCUUCUUUGUCGUCAUCAUCAUUGUCCUCAACCUCAUUUUUGGAGUCAUCAUCGACACCUUUGCAGAUUUAAGAAGCGAGAAACAAAGAAAGGAGGAAAUACUUAAAACGACGUGUUUUAUUUGUGGUUUAGAAAGAGAUAAAUUUGACAACAAAACAGUGUCCUUUGAAGAGCACAUCAAGUCUGAGCACAAUAUGUGGCAUUAUCUUUACUUCCUGGUUCUGGUGCGAGUGAAAGAUCCCACUGAAUACACCGGCCCAGAAAGCUAUGUCGCACAGAUGAUCGAGGAGAAAAACUUGGAGUGGUUCCCCCGAAUGCAAGCCAUGUCUCUGGUGAGCAACGAGGGGGAUAACGAGCAGAAUGAGAUGCGAUCCCUGCAGGAGAAACUGGAGAGCACUGUCACGCUGGUAGCUCAGCUCUCCGCCCAGCUUUCUGAGCUCAAGGAGCAGAUGACAGAGCAGAGGAAGAACAAGCAGAGGCUUGGAUUCUUGGGUCCUCAACAGACAAACCAUCACAUCCCGACCCACUGAGGUUCCCAGAACCCAAUCAGGAUUAAACCAUUUCCUGCCUAAAGGGCAAUACCAAGCAAAGACACAGGAUUUGUCACAAAGUGCUUUUUGUAUGAUGGACAUCACCCGCCUUACGGGCCAAAAAACUGCCUCGUGGGCUAACCCCUCGCCAUUUUCAGCAAGCGAAACCGCUUGUUUGCAGAGUGACUCUACUCGGAAUGAUUGAGUAGGCUUGACACAUAUCUGCCAAUAUGGUGUUAGCAAAGCGUUCGUGUGCCCAAGCGAGGGAGAAGGGAAUUGUUGGAGUAAAGAUUUGUUAUUUUGCUGUCUCAGACCUUCAAUUUUCUUAACCCCGGUUGGUCAGAAAAUAGACCCAAGGUAACAAGAUCCGUGUUUGGCUAAGAACUGGGUCAUUUAAUCUGAGUAACUUCUCGUAGGCUUUCUAUAGGAUUUUACAUUUUUUGUUAAAUGUUUAUAACAGGUGUAUUAUUUUUUUACUUUUUGAAAAUGCUGCCUUAUUCAUUUUUUAAAAACUGGAUUAGCAAUUGUUUAAUAUGCACUUUUUUCCAUUCAAAAGGGAGAAAUAUGUAACUGGAGACUACUUUGGGGAGUAUUGCUUUCAACUAAGAUGCAUUCACUGCACCGCGUCAUUUUCUGCGCUUGUUCAGAUUUCCACAGUGUACUGAUUUAAAAUGUGAAUAAAAUGGAUUUGUACUUCUUGUAGAAUUUACUUGAAGGUAAUUUUAUGUCUAAAUCUUACAUCGGCAUCUCUUAAGUUAAUACCAAUGUUUGUGUCGUCUUCUACUCUUUCUUAAAAUGUGGAAUAAAUGUUAACAAUGA